CAGCGGCAGCGUCAGCGUCAGCAGCAGCGAGCGAGCUCUGGGUCGCCCACUUGAACAAGAGCCAGCGGAGAGCGAGUUUUCGGAUGUAUUGCAUUGCAUUGCUCGGCAUUGCACCGCCAGCCACCAGCGCCUUGCUUCCUGCGCUUCCGGACACUUUUGGGUGCGAGACGAGGAAAGAGGAGAAGAGCGAUUCGAGGGAGAGCGAGUCAGUCAGUCAUUCAGUCAGUCGAUCGACCAAUCAAUCAAUCAUUCAAUCGGUUGGUCGGUCUCAUAGUAAUCGAGCAAUCGAGCGAGAAGCGAGUCGCUCCCGUGCCUCGACAGUACCAACGAGCGACCAGCAGUAGCCGCGGUUCGUGGUGGUGGUCAUCGCCGUCGCCCAAUCUCAACAAAUCCUCCAUCAGCUCGCAUUGAUCAACAAUAUCUCUGCAGCAGCGAGAAAGGCAGGUGCGCUGAGGAGGUCGAGAGCCUGGCGAGGCUGGAUUCUGCACGGGACUGGACUGGAACUGCACUGGGCCUUCGACGUUCGCCGCUGUGAGUGCGUUCAGAUCUAUCUGCCUACCUUCUUGCGGCGGUUGGUUUCGGGCUCGGAGCUGCAUUGGGCCGGACCGAAGGAGAGAAGAGAAGAAGAGAGAAGAAGAGAAGAAGAGAGACUGAGCCUACGACUAGUUUGAGAAGGACAGCGAGAGAGAGAGGGUGAAGAGGUUUGUGGGAGGAGUGUGGUGAUAAGUAAUAGAGUGGUGAGGUUUUGUGAAGAGAGAACAGAGAGACAGAAAAGAGAGAGUUGGGAACAUAAUCCUGCCUGCAGUGGUGGGUUGUUGGUGUUGUGGACUGCAGAGAGAGGUGAAAUUCUACCAGAGAGAGAGGUGAUACUUUUUUCAGCCCGUCUCGGAGAAAGAAAUACAGGAGGCGAGCGAGGCAAGCAGUAGGCAAGUACGCUACUCCGGCGAAGAAUUGGAGUACGGCUGUUAGCUUCGGGAGCGGAGCUGGCGAGCGGUCAACGCCUGGGAUGCACAUUGAUUGAUUCUUCGUGGACGCAAACAAUUGGCUCGUUAAUCUCUGGGGCCGUUUUACGUGACUUGGAGCGGGCGGAGGGAUCAGAAUUUUAGCAGUUUUCGCAGUGUUUACGUGACUGCAUUUUCGAAAAGACGGAGGAGUCGGUGCUGUCACUUUUCACCGAACUGAACUGUCACUUCCCGUUCUCGACGGCAGGUGUUAUCUUUUCUUCCUCAGCAAUUCAAGCUGAUCUACACUUUGAUUGGCAAGCUUUACUUAACGAAGCUUGCAAUGGCGGUACGAGCAGCCAUUCAACUGCUGCCUGCUGCUAUGAUCAUAGCAGAGUAUGCGGCUCAGCUCCACACUGCUCCUGAGGAGGGUAAGUAGACGGACGUACAGAUUGACAGCGCGGAGCAUUGUGGUCUUGUGGGUUCCUCUCUAGACCUGAGGGUGCCAAUUACAAGCGAGGAGCGUGGAUAGUACUUCAGUAGUGUUUCCUCCACAAAUUACCGUGCAACGCAGGCAGGAGGAAACAGAGUCGGAGAGCAAGCAUGUUGUUUAAAAAGAAUGGAGGCGGUUCUUCGGGCCGCAAUGGAUUGGGGCGCUCAGGAAGCGUGCGACCAGUGGGGGACAAGGAGUGCAGAAUGCUGGCACCCGUGAGCGAAGGACCCACACCCGAGGGGUUCGAGAACAACAAACAGCGCAAGGAUGGAGCCUGGAAUCAGAUGUGGCAGAAAACUAGUCUCCACUUUUUCGGUAACAAACGUGCGGACCUGCGCAUGCUUCUGGGCGUUCUUGGCGCUCCCUUGGCCCCCAUCCCCGUACCCGGCGCCGUCAAAGAGAUCACUCCUCCCCGAGCUUCUCCCAAAGACACUGACAUUGAAGCGUCUUCUGCGCAGUACAUUCUACAACAGUACAUCGCCGCCACCGGGGGCUCAAAGCUCCAAAACUCAAUCUACAAUUUCUUCGCUGCAGGCAAAGUGAAAAUGCUUGCGUCAGAGUACGAAACAGCGAACAAGCUAGUUCGACCGAGGAGUACAGCCAAGGCAGCUGAGGUCGGGUGGUUCAACUUGUGGCAAAUGCAGCCCAACAUGUGGCUCGUCGACGUGGAGCUGGAGGCUGAUGGUCACAGAGUGCAUGUGAGCGCCGGAUGCGACGGCAAGCUAGUGUGGCGCCAUACCCCGUGGUUAGGAGCCCAUGCCUCCAAGGGUCCUGUCCGACCUCUUAGGCGAGCUCUUCAGGGAUUGGACCCGAAGACAAUUGCCACCAUUUUCACGAAUGCUCGAUGCGUCGGUGAGAAGAAAAUCGACGACGAAGACUGCUUCACUCUGAAGUUGGCCACGGAUCCGGACACGCUGAGUUCACGGAGUGCAGGACCCGCUGAGAUCAUUCGCCAUGUGCUUUACGGGUACUUCAGUCAGAAGACGGGUCUUCUGGUUCGUAUAGAGGACUCGCAUUUGACUCGAAUUCAGAAUCAUGGAGAGGACACCAUCUACUGGGAAACGUCGAUCGAGUCGACGUUGGAGGACUACCGGGAGGUGGAUGGACUGACCAUAGCGCACGGGGGGAAAUCGGUGGUGACGCUCUUUAGAUUCGGAGAGGUGGCCAUGAGCCAGGUGAAGACGCGCAUGGAGGAGGUGUGGACGAUCACGGAAGUGGCACUGAAUGUACAAGGAGUCUCGAACGAAACAUUUCUACCGCCCGCCGACAUUCGAUCGAGCCCCAUAAGCGAGGCGUGGGAGCUUCCGCAUGGGGAGAGAGGGAAAGGAGGUGCCGGCCGGUCCCGAGUUGCCGCCGUGGACAAGCCCCUGGACGAGGACACAGUCAUAUGGAGGGUGGAAGUUUGAGAGAAUGAUGAUGAAACAGAGAGUAUUUGAAACAAUCGUUAUAUAUGCACAGCAUACACAUCUUUGUUGUAUCUACAUUUAUAAGCGCUGAGACUGGGACCGUGUUUCUUCCUGUGUGGUGAGAGAGCAGAGCUGAAUCAGUUGCAUGCCCAGUUUGGCGAGAUCGGGCCUGAAGCUCAGCAGGGCAAUUUUGGAUGAGAAAUGUUAGGUGGCAAAGAAGCAGAAAGCCCUUUUUGCAGCAUUCUCGGGAUAAACCUUCACCAGCUGCGUCUCAGAGCUGGUGAAGCUUUAUCCUCUGAAGUGCGGUUAGAAUAAUAAGCAUUGACGGAUGUGGGGGCUGCCUACACACAAGAGAUUCUUGAUGUAACAUAUCAUAGGAAUGGUUCUUUGAGACCUGUACACUAGCGGGUCAUCGCAUUUCCCAAGCAGACUGCAGGAAGAUAUCAUGAUGGUGGAAAUUGUGAGUGACAGCUCGGGGAGACGCAUGCUCGCGUGCAUGUAUCCCCUUACUGAAGGAAGGAUGGCCGCCAUCUCUACUGAAAUCUAGUUGAACUUUUAAGAGAUUGGAGAGAGUGAGAGAAAGAGAGGGAGAGGGAGAGGGAGAGAUGGGUGCAAAAAGAGAGAAAGUGCUAAUUAAAGUCUUAAAUAGCAGAAUCUCAGUAUGUAGGGUACAUAUUGCUUAGUUUCUUUUGGAGCUGUUGUGGAAGCUGUAUAAAUAAUCAAAUGACCGAUAAUCCUGGUCAGACUCCACUUUUUCAAUUUGAACCUUCAUAAUAUACCUGUUACCUGUUCAUGCAGAUUGGAUCAGACCUACCAGAUAUUGACACAUAUCUGGCUGCCGAUUUGGGUUGGUUAUGAUAUUCCUCCUCUCUCUUCUCUGACUAGAACCCCGUGCCUGGGAAGCAAGCAGUGCAGUGCCUUCGCCCAUUCCUCUCUCGAUAGUGCGUCUCCGUGAAGAAGUUCGGGCACUGCCAGCUAGAGUCGGGUCCUCCAAAGCGGACCUCGAGUUUCAACAUGUGUUCCUAUCAAGAAUCAUUGAAAAUCU